UCCAACCAGAACUACAGUUUGGGCUGGAAUUACGCUUUAGUUAUUUUUGUAGACUUUCAAGCCUUGCUUAUAAAUAUUUUGUAGAAGUGAAGUGACUUUGGGAUCAGAUUGAGCUAAGUUUGCAAUUAACAAAAAAAUUUGUGAUUUAUAUCCCCCUCUAACACCAGCUUAUUUUUUGUGAAAAAACAGUUUAUAUGCUGCUCUACAUGGUUAUGUUUUAGACAAAAUGAAACUACUCACACAUAAUAUGCUAACAUGCAAUAUUAAAGGCGUCAAAAAUGGAUUUCCUUUCAAGAUCGAGGCUGUUGAUGUGCAAUUAAAAGAGGCUGACUUUAAUGCAGAUUUUCUUACGCGACUUAUUCACAAGCUGGAAUGGAAAGCGCUUGUUGAAACAGCACAUGCACUAGGACAUGGAAAAAAUUUACCGUUAGAAAUUGCUGGUAAGGAGAAUGAACUUUGUGAAAAUGAAGAAUUUUUGAAAGAUGUUCAUCAUGUCCUUAUGGAAGUUGAGGUUAUGGAAGGCAAUCUUAUUUGCCCAGAGACAGGUCGUAAAUUCCCUAUAAGUAAAGGUAUACCUAAUAUGUUGCUGAAAGAAGAUGAAGUUUAAAGAGAAUUGGAUGCAAAAGUUUCAUAACAAGUCAUUAAAGUGUUUGUUUAUGUAAAAGGAUUGAUAUUUGUAGGGAAUGACUAUGUAUGCCAAUGGAAGGUAUAUAGAAGCCUUGUUAUUUUUAUUAAAUACCAAACCAAAGUGUUGUGUAUUUCUUUUAAUCUGAAUGUGUUUAUCAUGUGACAAGUGUAUAUUUUAUGUUAGACCCUUUUUAAGUCUUCUCAUAAUCCUUAGGAAAAGCAUAAGUUUGCAUGUGCCUAAAGUUUGAUUUUUUUUAAUUAGAUAUAGUCGUAAAAAGCAACAAUUCAGUUAUUACUACCAAGUUUUGUUGUUGUUUAUUUUUGCUAGUUUGUUAAUGGAAAAGUGGGUUGAGAAAGAGGUAUAAUAUAUAAAUAUAUACCCUGCUAAUUCACUAAAAGCCAUGCUCCUUUAUUUGAAUCCUUCUAAAAUCAAAAAAUAAAAUACUAAAAAAUAAAAACUACUAAAAACUUGUGCUUUUAAAAUUGUCUAGCAGCGUUACUGUACAAUCAUUUUUAAAAUGUGGAAGUUUGAUUAAUGCUUUAUAGUGUAAAUGAUUUAAUAUUUCAUUAUUUUAGUAUUACAUAACAGUAGUAACAAAAAAUGUCUGGUUUGUUUACAUUUUGCAGAGGAUUAUUGUCACAGACAUAUCACAAUGGAUUUUCUUACGCUGUAUUGAGUAAUGUCAGAACAUACAAAGUAAAAUCGUCGUUGAAGCUCAGGUGUGCAGCCUGUAGAUUUGUUUGGAGACGCGGCAGAUUGCAUGUUGUAUGUAAACAACAUCCUCGACAUAAACAACGUAAGAAAUAAACAAUGUCAAAAAAUCAAAGAUAGACAACACCAUUUACAGAAACAAUGUUAAAGAUAAAACAAAGAGUUAAAGUCUUUUCAACACCCUUAACUCUAGAUUUUUGAAGUUUAUAUGCUAUAGACUGUGAUAUUUUCUAUUUUGUAAAAAUAGUUGCAUGUACAUAUAAAAUAUAAAGACCCAAAAAUUUUGCUAAA